AUCAUGACUUAUAAUCAUAGAGAUUGAAUUUGGAUUUUAGCUUAACAUUUCUAUUCUAAAGUUGCAUUUGAUUCAUAUAAUAUUAAUUUUUAAUAAAAUAAUUAUAAAAUAUUCAUAUAAUUCAGUAAAUUGUAUCCUUAAAGAUAAUUUAUUUAUCUAAAUCUUUUUCACCUAUUUUCUUUUCUUUCUCCUUUAUCCGCAAACAAAAUCUUUGAUGUGAACUUAUAAUUCUUCUUGAAAACACGAGUUCAGCUUUGAUCUAAUUCUGCGAGUCGACUGGAAAACAACUGAAGCCUGAACGGACUCCGGUACGGCCGUCCGAUCCCGGCACUAUUCAACUUGGGUGAUGGCGGACGCUUCCGUGGAGCAAAGUCAAUCUCUGUCACCUUCGCCCACGUUCGGCUUUCCCUGGCCUGAUCUCAACGACGGCUUAUCCUACCGUGACCUCGUUUCACACUCUGAUUCUGGAUUGACAGUGAUCGAGUUCUACUCCAGCAAAUACAAAAAUUCAGCUCCAUUGCAAGGUUGGUUGCAGAGAAUCCAAAAUGGCCAGAUUAGAAUUGAUGGUGGAGUGGUUACAGACCCAAACACCAUUGUCAGAGCUGGGUAUGAGCUAGUCUAUCUUCGCCUACCAUGGAAAGAGCCUGAAGCACCAUACUCGUUACAAGUUUUAUUUGAGGAUGACGAUAUGAUUGCUUUAAAUAAGCCUUCAGGUUUACAAGUUUUACCUGGAGGACUUUACCAGCAGCGAACUGUUCUGACUCAGCUAAAAUGGAGGGCAUGCAAGCAUAUCUCUUUGGCUGCGUAUCAGGAACCGCAUCCUGUUCCUGUUCAUCGGCUAGGAAGGGGCACGUCAGGAAUAUUACUUUGUGCAAAAACAAAGCUAGCCAAGAAUCGUCUUGCUUCAUAUUUUGCUGAUCGGACAUCAUUGAUAGGAGGCAACAGAAGUUCUAAUGCAAAGCUCAAUACAACAACAGAAGUUUCAAAGAUAUAUCGGGCCUUAGUAACUGGGAUAAUCACUGAGGAUGAGCUUGUCAUCAAGCAGCCAAUUGGACUGGUGCAGUAUCCUGGUGUCGCAAAAGGGUUAUUUGUUGCUUCUCCUUCAGGCAAACCAGCUUUGAGCAGAGUUGAUGUUCUUGAGAGAGAUGUACAAAAGAACAGCACAUUGGUCCAGGUUGAGAUCCAGUCAGGACGUCCACAUCAAAUUCGCAUUCAUCUUUCUUUCAUAGGGCAUCCACUCUUAGGUGAUCCUUUAUAUGUUACCGGUGGGCAACCCAAGUGCUGUGAUUCUGAAUUUGUAGAUGAAAGUUUUGCGCAAGACGGAGGUUACCAGAGGCCUACAAAGCCGGUUCCUGGAGACUGCGGGUACUACUUGCAUGCACAUCAAUUGAUUAUUUCCCAUCCAACCACAAAUAAGGUAAUUAAAGUGACUGCGCCUCUUCCAUCUGUUCUCCGAACUCAGUAUGAGACCGAAUAAAACAACCUAGAAUAGAAGCAGCACUACUUGGACACCGCGGACAGGUUACAUUCAAGUUGCUGCAGAACAAUACAAGUGCUUAAAUGGCAAAAGCUUGCCUCCAAAUUAAUCCGUUGUAUUAGUUGUUAUGAAAAAGCAUAGGGCCCCUUUGUUUUUCCACCUAGGAUCCAUCUAUUUCAUUAUUGGAGACGAGAUCAUUUCAAGACUGAAACUCUUAAGUUAUUUGGUAGAAUAGAAUAAUUCUUUUUUCCUAUAACAGUUGUCAUAAAGCUAGGUUUUUGCUUGUUUUUAGAAUUUUCUUGAAUAAAUGACUGGGGAACUGCUGCUUCUUCUUGAAGGAUUUCUGUGAGAGAGAGUUAUCAAAAGCAAGCAAAGCAUCUGGGCAAAAUGUCCAAGCUGGUUGUAUGUAGCUACUCGUCCAUAGCCUUCUUUUAAAUAAAACUGUAAUAAGCGGAUGCACUUGGAGGGCGACAGCGUCUUCUGGAAUGACAAUGACUUUUUUGAGAAUUUAUUAUUAGAAAUUUGACGUUUAUUUCAUAAAAA